CACACCCACACACACACCCGCUGAUUUAGCUCUACAUCAAUUCAGUUCGUGAUUGUCGCUUGAGCAGAACAUAACGCAGUACAACGCCGGUCGCCGCGCCAGGUGGUGGAAAUAUAUGUAUCCAGAUCCAAAACAACAACAAAACCAUUGGGAGUAUGUGAGGCGUUCUCCAACACUUUAACGUUAGGUCUGGCAACUCUAACUGAUUGUAAACAACAACAGCUGAUUGACGUAAAACAUCAAAAAGCAUUUGAUUUUAGAUGGCAGCUGCUCUCCCAGAUCGCUUUAGUGCCGGCAAACGACAGUUCUGGCGUGAGUUCCUGGCACUUUAUCAGGGAAUGCCAGAACUGUGGGACCUCCAACAUGUCAAUUAUCGAAAUAAGGAACUUCGGAACCGGGCCUAUGAGUCCUUAGAAAGGAAACUCCGCGAGAUCCAGCCGAAUGCCACACGUACUGAAGUUGGAAGACGCAUCAACAUUUUUCGCACAAAUUACAGGCGGGAGCAGAUGCGGAUAAUCAAGCUGAAGGAAUUGGGCAUGCACUCUGACCUUUGUAAACCCACUCUUUGGUUCUAUGACUAUAUGGGCUUUCUCCUGACCCAGGAGACGUUUCAGCACAGGACAAGGAAAGGUCGCGGGGAUAAACAAAAGCAGGUCUAUCAGCGAGAAAAGGACGAAAAAUGUAACUUGAAAAAUGCCGAUCUCAACACUGACAGCGUUUGUGAUUGGCCUAUGAAGGAUGACAAUACUAAUACUCCACAAUCCGAAGAGGGUUCCUUGCUCAGUCCAAAAGUGGAGAUAAUAGAGCCAGAGGAUGAGGACCCAACGAUGGGAAUGGAGCAAGUUUUUGUCAAGGAGGAAACAUGUGUUGUUCAUCCAUUGGAAAAUAAACAAAAUACCUGCUCAAUCCAACCGGAACCUGAGAACGAACGAGAAACUGUAAAAACUAUUCUCAGCGAGUCGUCUGAAGUGCUGGCCAGAUCCUGGGCCAUUCAGUACGAGGAAAUGGCACCUACGCAACGUAUUCUGGCGCGAAAGGCCAUCGCGGACAUCCUGUUCGAGGGCUGUAUGGGUAACCUAAGAAUAAACCGCGGCGACCAGCGGAGCACUGUAGGAAAUCAUGUCUAGUUUUAAGUUCACUAAUAUUGAAUAUAGAAAAUGCAUGCAUUUGUUACAAUCGUUUAAAAACUAAAACUUAACCUUAUAGUUAUAAAUCAAACCUGGAAGCCUUGUAAACCACUUUCAUUCGCCGCCAAAACACUCAGGUCAUAAUUAAAUUAAAUAAGAGAAAGAGUAACCUAAGACUUAAAACAGAAUUAAAAAACGAAUUAGUAAGUAAAUUCGAAAAACAAUACCAGCCAAAUAAAAUAAAAGAUAUAUAGUUUCAAUU